AAUCCAUGCGACCCGUGGCUCUCAGUCGAAAUGGCAGCCGACUGCAGUUGGCCUGUACUUUUACUAUUGCUGGUCACCACACUGACCACCAAUCGCGCAGAGAGUCCGAGUGAAUCCACGCCGGGCGUCGAGGAGAACUACAAUGGGAGCACCAGUCCAAUGCCACCGGUUGAGGCGACCACCAAUCGCUUGGCUUCCCGCGAGGACUCCACGUACAGCAAAGUGGCCAAGAGCCAGGAGCAGUACGAUGUGAUCGAUGUGGUGGCCUCCACGGGAGCGAUGGUGGGCAAGCCGAAGAGCGGACAGACCACCAGGAUCUACACCACCGGCGAGGUGGACGAGAAGUUCUGGCUGAAGCACCUGGGCGAUGACUUCAGGCAUGCCAUUCACCUCCAGGUGGGCGGCACCAAUGAGGACUACAACCGACUGAUCAACCAGACCCAGAACGGAGUUCACGAGGAGGUGCAUCACGAGUACUUGCCGGGAGCCGAGCGACCGGGCAGUGAACCUGCUCCUCCUCCACCUCAAGCUCCUCCUUCUCCUCCUCGCCAAACGAGACCCUUCUAUCAGCAGAGCUUGGACAAUCGAGCAGUGGCUUUGAAGCAGCAGUACCUCAUCCACCAGCAGGCGCAGCAGCCACAUCCUGCCCAGCAGCGCUACAACUAUGCCCAACAACACGCACAAAACUAUGCACCACAGCCACAACCACACACACACACGCACACCCAUCGGUAUGCACAACAACCAGAGACACACACGCAGUACAGAAACACCUAUGCGAAACCGCAACAACAACAACAAGUUUACAAGCCACGCAGCUACAUCAUCAAUUCUAGCGAGGAUCAGUACGCCGCCCAAUCGAAUCCCUCGCCAGUGCGAUCCGCUGGAGAGGAUCGCCGCCAUCACGAGGGGGAGGACGACUCCUUUGGCGGCCAGCUCAACUUCAAGUCGCCGUUCAACGACUACGGCAGUCGACCCACUCGAGAUCUCACCUAUCUCCUCUACAAACGGGGUCUCUGAAGAGGGGAGCUCACUUUUAAACCCCUCUAAACAUAAGACUUGCGGUCCCCAGUCCAUUGAGUUCUAUAAAUGGGGCUGAGCCACUCCACCCACAUCACACACCAGACACCAGACAUACACACGCAAACACACACAUACAACACAACACAAGCCACACAAACAUUGAGAUUUACGGAAUUGUUACAAAAAAGAAUAAAAGGAGAAAAAAAUA